UAACAAUUACGGUAACCAUCCGCGGCGAGAGCGAGAGAAGCGAGAAAGAUUGAGAGAUCGUUUCGACACGCGAUCGUCUCCCUCGUCCCCUCCAUUCCUAGGGUUUCCGAUCGAUCGGAGCGCUCCCCCAAACCCUCUCCUCCCCUACCCCCAAUCCAUGAGAGCGCCUCCGCCUCCUCCGCCGCCACCGCGGGAAACCCUAAGGGGUUAGAUGCCGGGCUCCGCCGCGCUCCCGGCGUUGGAUCUCCCCGCGCUGCUGCAACUAGCCCUCCUCGCGCUCCUCCUCCUCUCCGUCGCGGUCGUCGUCGUCCGCCGCGCCGCCUCCCGCUACUUCGUCGUGGACGCGAGUUUCGAGGACCCCCCGGCCGCCGCGGAUCUCGAGGCGUCCCGCCGUGUCAUGUCGAUCGGCGGCGGCGGCGGAGACGGCGAUUGCGCCACCUGCGGAAGCCCCGGGAGCACGAAGAAGUGCUCGAGGUGCAAGAGGGUGCGGUAUUGCUCACAAGAAUGCCAGUCGAAACAUUGGAAAGCUGAUCAUCAGUUCAAGUGCAAGCAACUGAGAUUGUCAGAUAGCACGGAUGUUGCUUUGCCUGGAGAUGGUGGAAACAGGAGGAAAUCAUCUGAGUUUCGCCAUAUUUCAUUGGUGCCUGCUAAUGGAACCUACCGUCUGUUCAAAAAACCAAGCAAGGUUCUCUUUCCUUAUGAUGAAUUUUUAAAACUUUUCAACUGGGAAAAACCGGGAUUUCCACCUUGUGGACUUUUGAAUUGUGGCAACAGUUGCUUUGCUAAUGUGGUUCUUCAAUGCCUGGCGUCCACUCGACCACUUGUGGCUUAUUUGUUGGAGAAGGACCACUGCCGAGAAUGUGUGAGGAAACAAGAGGAUUGGUGUUUCUUAUGUGAGUUUCAGAUCCACAUUCGUAGAGCUAGUGAAAGUUUGCAGCCAUUUUCACCUAUUAAUAUUCUUUCUCGGUUGCCUAAUAUUGGUGGCAACCUUGGAUAUGGCAGGCAGGAGGAUGCUCAUGAAUUCGUGAGGUUUGCAAUUGAUAAGAUGCAAUCAGCUUGCCUUGAUGAAUUUGGAGGUGAAAAGGCACUUGAUCCAAGCAUUCAAGAGACAACCCUUAUUCAACACAUUUUUGGUGGCCAUCUUCAAUCUCAGGUGACAUGUACGGAGUGCAAUAUGAUAUCAAAGCGUUAUGAGAAUAUGAUGGACUUGACUGUUGAAAUUCAUGGGGAUGUCGAGUCUCUGGAGGAGUGCUUGGAUCAAUUUACUGCCAAGGAGUGGCUUGAUGGCGAGAACAAGUAUAAGUGUGAUGGGUGUAAUGACUAUGUUAAAGCAUGGAAACGCCUUACAGUUCAUCAGGCUCCAAAUAUUCUCACCAUCACUCUUAAGAGAUUCCAGAGUGGUAGAUUUGGGAAAUUGAACAAGAGAGUAACUUUUCCUGAGAUUUUAGAUCUUACUCGGUACAUCAGUGGUGGUGGAGACGGCAGCGACGUAUAUGCAUUAUAUGCUGUUGUUGUUCACUUGGACAUGCUGAAUGCUUCCUUUUUUGGCCAUUAUAUUUGCUUUACCAAAGAUUAUCAUGGCAACUGGUAUCGAAUUGAUGAUUGUAAGGUCAUGCCUGUUGAAGUGGACGAAGUACUUGCUCAAGGUGCUUAUAUGCUCUUGUAUAGCCGGAGAACAGCCCGUAAAGAGCCUCUUAUCAAGCCUAGUGAUUCUCUCAAGAAGCAGCAAUCAAGUGAUCUCCUGGUUACUUCCCUCAUGCCCGGCUCAGCUAUGAAUUGUGUGACACAGAAAAGCUCUAUUGAACAUUCCAUGCUAAGAGAUACUGAACACGGGGUGAAAUUGCCUAUAGAAGGAUCGGAAAGCAUGGGUCCUGAUGCGUCUGCUGAUGUGAGGCCGCGACUACCUGUAGUUAUCGAUUCACAAAAUGCUGAGGAUGCAAGGAACCCAUCGAGUUCAUCAGCAUCCGAGGGUCAUAGAGAAGAGAACCACGUUUUGCCAUCCAUCACCUCUAAGCUGUUUGCUUGUCCCGCUUCAGAAUCCCCUUCCCUGAAAGCACAAUGUCUAGAACCUUCUAGAAGUGCUGAUAAUGAGUGCCCCAUGGAAAUAGAUGUGCCGAGUGCUUCAAGCUUAGGGUCUGAACUGUCGGGCGAUUCACGGCCUGAGGUGGAGAACUCAGUUGCCUCCUGUAGCUUAUCAGACUGGUGCAAUGAAGGGAAAAAUGCUUUCUCUGUUCCAUUUGGAAAUAGCGGAGAGGCUUCAUCGUCGAGAUCGAAGGAGCUAUUUCCUCGCGGCUUCCUCGACAAGACACCCUCUAGAAAGAAGUCCUUGCACAGCCGAAGAGAAGCUCAAGUAGGAAACGCUCUUUCUUCGCCCAGGGCCAAUGGUCUUUCUAAUGGUUGCCCUGAUCUUGGAUUUGUAGAGCAAAAACUUAAUGACUCCUUAAGCCGGGCUUCGUCCUCUAGGUGUGAAAGCAACGGGGAAAGCAAGGAUUUAUCAUCUUCGAGGAAUGGAAAGGGAAUCCUUGAGGAGGAAUUGGCGUUCUCGGCUCGUGGCGUCCUUGCCAAAUCCUAUAGAAGCAAUUCCCAUUGUGAUGGUUCUACCGAGUCAGCUACUUUUCCGCACUUAGAAGGCAGGAACUCCACGGAGACCAAUUGUGGAUAUUACCAAACUGCUUUUGCCGAUACAAAUGGCGGUCCUUUAGGAAAAGGUGAGCAGGCGGAGCAUGUUGGGCUGAGGCGAAGGUUGGUUUCCUCCGAAGCCGUUGACCAAAAUGGGAAUUAAUGGUUUUGCUGAAUGUUCGAACCUGCUGCGGCACAUUAGAAACAUGAAAGGAGCUGAUUUGGAGCGGAGCUUUUCACGAUAAAUAGGGCGUAUGCUGAUGACGAUCGAAACUAGGGCAAAGCGUAGGAGGCGUUUGUUCGUGCCAAGACACUGUCGAUUGCUUCUCGGUGUAAUCUCCGUGCUAUACAUUUAUCAUUCAUGGGAGUUCGGCUUAAUUUCUCUUUAGUAAUUAGUAUUAAUCAUUUUUACAUGGUUCCCGCUGGGAAAGAAAAGGAAUUAAAAAGAGAGCGGAGGGGUGUAUCUGGGUUUCCACACAAUUUGCGGAAUCUCAGAUGUUCCCCUUUUGCCAUGUCAAUACCCAUUGGUACUCGCCUAUUGUAAAAUUUUUUCCUUUCUCUGCUGCCUAUUAUCCUUCUCUCUUUUUUCCUUUUUAACUUGAACAAGAUCUUCUACUGCUGCCGAGAUUUUCCGACCCCUUGAUGGGAGAAUCUGUGUCUUAUGGUCAUAAAGGUCUUAUGUUUUUAGCAUAGUUAGGGAUUAGGGAUUUAUUCUGCACAUUGGCCUGUACUUGCGCUAAGAUGAUUUGGUUAAGCAAGUUAAUUUGGUUGUAAUACUCUUUGAAUCUUACUAUCUUAUCCAAAGGAAAAAA